GUGUCAAUGGCCAUAAAUCAAUCAAAUCAACAUACAUGUAUAUGAUAUUUCAUGAAUGACUGCCAACUCUCAGGAACAAAGAAGUUUGAAUCAAUUGUUCGAUACGUACAAGUCAAUUAAUAAAUCUGUCAAAUGUGUGUGGACAUUUGGGUGAAAACGACAAUACAGUUCUGGAGAUCGAAACAGGAACACGUAUUAACAUGAUGCGAGUCUUAUACAUCAUAGGACUUGUGUCCUUUGGAUUGACAAUGGUGCAGUGCAGGGAGGUGAAAGCAAAGAAACAAAACAAAAUAAAAAAGGAACUGAAUAAGGUUCUAAUGGCCUAUCAAGCAGCUUGGCUGUUACCAGAAUGUGCUACAAAGAUGAUGCCUAACUGCUCUAAAGCUGCAAUGUCAUGGUCAAAAACUGCUAUACUUGCCGGAGAGGGGUGUCCAACCUGGUAUGGCCAAUCAGGAAUACAACAAAUGAUAGAAUAUGAAAAGAAGAUGUAUCCAGACAGAUAUUUAACUGUUGAAUGGGAACGAGUGACGGGAACUAAGAGUACUGCCUUUGGAUUUGGCCUAUGUAAGGCAAUUCGGAAAAAUCCUAUGACGGGUAUGGAGGAAACUAUGCGUCAGUGGAGAAUGUUUGCCUACUUUUGCAAAGAAAAGGGAAUGUGGAAGAUUCAGUACCAGGCAGAACUUAAUGUUUUCAAUGGUGCACCUAUGACAACAAUGACUUAUGGAAUGGAAGGAGACAUGGGAGGAAUGGGAGGAGGCAUGGAUGGAGGCAUGGAAGGAGGCAUGGAAGGAUAGAAAUAGGGACUGUUACAUAUUCAUAUACAUGGCAUGAGGGACAUCAAUCUAGCAGGCUAUGCAAUAAAGUGAUAUUUUAAGCCUCAAA